ACCACCUUUUCAUUCAUUCUUGCUUGUCUAAAUCUCUUCUGUUACAUUGUUCUCAAGACGACCAAGGUUUCCACAACGUUAAACUUGCCACCGGGGCCUCAAACCCUACCUUUAAUCGGAAACAUACUCCAACUUGCUGGUUCACAUCCACACAGGGCUCUUAGAGAUUUAGCCAAGAAAUAUGGAUCAAUCAUGCACUUGAACUUGACCAAAGUUGGAAUGCACCAAGAUCCUUUACUACGAUCGCACUAAUAUAUUGCAGCUUCACCAUAUGGUGAUUACUGGAGGCAGAUGAAAAAGAUUUUCACCCUGGAACUCCUCAGUGAAAAAAAGGUAAAAUCUUUUAGUGCGCUUAGAAACGAAGAGCUUGGCCGCCUUUGUGAGUCGAUAAGAUCUUCAAGCGGUUCGGUGAUCAACUUUACUGAGAUGGUCGUAGGGAUGAUCAACAACGUCAUAUGCAGGGCUACUUUGGGAAAUAACUACAAAGCUCAACAUCAAGCUGUACUGAUAGGGUUGAUUAAAGACUUAUUGGUGACAUCGGGUGCUUUCAAUGUUGGUGAAUUCUUUCCUCGACUUAAGUUCCUAAACAUUGUGUUGGGGAUCAAAUCGAAGUGGUUAAAGAUUCACAAAGAUGACAAGGUUUUGGAAGAUGUUUUGGAGGAUCACAAAGGUAAACGAGGUGUGGGUGGGAUUGAGAGAUUGGAUGAAGAUUUGGUUGAUGUUCUAUUAAGGAUUAAAGAAGGAGAAGAACUCUAGUUCCCAAUUACCUUCGACAAUGUCAAGGAUGUUCUCUUAGUAAGUCAUAUAAAAAGUUAAUACGUUUUUUUUGUUACAUGCAAAAGAAGUUCAAAACAUUAUUAUAACUAAAAUUGAUGGAUCCAUAUAUUGAUAUUUAACAACUAGCACUAAAAUUUAUAUAUUAUUUAUGAUUAACUAGAUGAGAGGGACCAUGCAUGCUAUAACUAGAUGAGUGGGACCAUGCUACGCAUGGGCUAGUGCUUAUUCAUCUAUUAUGACGGGUACUUUGGUCCAAGAAUGUUUAUGAAUUCGAAUGCAACAAAAAAGGAAACAGCUUCAGGGAUGCCACUGCAUAGGACCAUGGAUCCUGAGAAUGCAGAAAAUAGCAACAUAGUUUCUUUGGUUUAUUUAUUACAACAUCAUACUUUCAUUUAUUUCGAUCACAAGUUUACAACUUUAAAUUUGAAAAAUUCAAGCCACUUACAACAACAUUAUCCAAAUGAAUCAGACUUUGGUAAUUGGUAAAAUUGUAUAUUCACGUGAAUAAGAUACAAGGAAUAUAUAUACUAAAACAAUGUUACACUUUGGUACCAUAUACUAUAAAGACUAGUCUAAUAUUCCCCCGCAAGCUAAGGCCGGUGAGCGACCUGUAGCUUGUUCCUUAAAUCUAGGAAUCUUUGAGAAGACAGAGGCUUUGUAAAGAUA